GUCAGUGCAUCAGCUGGAGGAGGGAGUCAACCCUGGACCCCCAUCAGUUGAGGAUGUACCUAACACCACUACCAUGGACACACCUAAUCACCUGACUGUGGAAGCAGCCUCGGAAACAGCUGCGGCUUCAACGGGAAGAAACCAACCGAAAAGUGGAAAGUCAGAAACUGGAGACGACGUCAACCUGAAACCCUUGGAGGUUCUCAGAUCCAGAUAUUUUUAUUUUAUAUGGUUGAUGUUUGUGUUCAACGGACAGGGCAUUAUCUUCGUCUCUACUCUGUACAAGGCAUACGGCCAAACUUUCAUUUCAGAUGACACAUUUAUGGCCUUGGCAGGUUCGUUUGGUUCUGCUUUCAAUGCUGUAGGAAGAAUCUUUUGGGGAGCCCUGGCUGAUAAAUUUUCUUUUAGGGUAUCUUGUCUCAUCAUGAGCGCUGCUUUCACCUGCUCGAUGCUGACCCUACAACUGUCAGAACUAGGAGGAAAGCCCCUGUUCUUUGUCUAUGUCUGCCUGCUGUUUGGCUCAUUCUCCGGGAGCUAUGCUUUAUUUCCAACAGCCACAGCCAAGUGCUUCGGUCGCAAGUAUCUUCCCAUUAACUAUGGGCUAGUCUUUACUUCCCAGGUGAUCACUGCACCACUGGGAGUGUUCUUGUCACAGUCACUAAAAUCCUCCCUUGGUUGGGACGGCUUGUUUUUCUUGAUAGCCGGAUUUUCCUUUAUCAGUCUAAUUCUUGCAUUCCUGUUUAAUGCCAAGGAUAAACUUGGAAACGAGAUAUGA